AUGACAUUAAAUGUCAGAUUGUCUGCAUCGGUGGAAGUAGUACGUGCACCAGCAAUGCCGAGCGUACCACCAUUAACCUUUAGCAAUGGCGCCAGUGAUGCCACAAAUAUUAUACCGGAAAGACGUGCACGUCUUAACACCGCACCAGGUAUGCGUGGAGCAGGCAGUAUUGGUAUUACGUAUGGUACUGGCACGAAACGUCCGUACAAUAUUAUCGGUGGUUCCACCGUUUCACACAUAACAGAUGACAGUAGUACAGAAAGUUUAACGCCUGGUAGCUUUCCAGGUAGUUUUAGCGUACGUGGUAGUAUUAGUAAAAGCGUACAAAUCAAUGAUGCAAAGGACUUACGCUUUCUUAACUCACAAGCGCAGAAAAAACAUCAAUGUAAAGAUGAGCGAAUUGUAUUGGUGUCGGGAAAAGUACCAUUUUUCAUAUUUUCCGCUUUACCUUACUAUAAAGGCAAAAACGGCAGAGCCGAAUUACGUAAAGAGGGCAGACGUCGUCAUACUUCUGGUUCUAGACCAUUGUCAUCUAUAAAUGAUGCACCUUUCGAUCCAUUCGAUUUGUUGGGCAUUGAAAAGGGUGAAAGUGGGCAGUGCAAUACAGAAUGA